AUGGGCCAGUACGGAAAAGGCACGCCAGUUUGGCGGAUUAAAGCUUUGAAGAAGCGCGAAGAAUGCGAGGACAAGCUUCCAAAGGAAUGGGUCAUUCCCAAAACACUAUGGGAGACUCUCCCGUUGCCGCUAGAAGAGAACAAGGUGAAUCUGAUUGACCUGGACAUUAUCCGCCGGUCAAACGUCCUUACCGAGCGCGAAUUCGAGAUUACGGAGAAUCACACUGUUGUGUCAUUACUUGAAGGACUGUCGACGGGCAAGUUCACUGCACUCGAUGUUACGACGGCGUUUUGUAAACGAGCGGCGGUUGCGGGGCAGCUGACAAAUUGCAUCACGGAGACACUCUUUGAUAGCGCUCUCGCUCGAGCAAAAGAGCUGGACCUUAUGCGAGAGAACGGACAGUUGAAGGGCCCCCUUCAUGGCCUUCCAAUCAGUGUGAAGGACUGUCUUCAGAUAGCUGGGACCCAAGCAACAAUCGGCUUCACAGCAUAUCUGGACCAGCCACCUUCAGAGGAGAAUUCGUGCCUGGUCGACAUGCUGCUUGAUUUGGGGGCUGUACUCUACGUCAAGACGAAUGUUCCCCAGACUCUGAUGACCGCAGACUCGGAGAAUAUCAUUUUCGGUCGAACACUAAACCCCUGGAACACGAUGCUCACAGCGGGAGGAUCCAGUGGCGGAGAGGGAGCACUAAUAGCCCUACGUGGGUCGCCGUUGGGGAUUGGCACUGAUGUUGCAGGCUCGAUCCGCAUCCCUGCCUUAUGCUGCGGCCUGUACGGCUUCAAGCCCUCAGCAAGCCGCAUUCCCGACUCGAAGCAACAAGGAUACGGCACCGGGGGGCUGAGAACCAUCUAUGGCUCCGUCGGCCCAAUAGCGAAUGACAUGGACGCUCUUGAGAUCCUAAGCCGAGCUGUCCUCGGCGCUAGCCCUAGGCCUGCGCUAUAUGACCCAGGCGUCCUUGACAUACCGUGGAGAGAGAUAGGCGAGGUUAAACCGCGACUGCGUUUUGGCUUCCUCCUCGAAGACCCGACGUUCCCUCUGCACCCACCUGUACGCGCUACACUAGAGGAAGCGGCAUCCCGCUUGAAAGACGCAGGCCACGAAAUCAUCCCCCUUCCUGUAGAAGAAUGCCACCUCGCAUACGCCCUCGAAGUCGUCUGGAAGUUCUUCAGCCUCGAUGAUUCAGCCUCAGAGGUCGUCGCACAAGGCAGGGAGCCGCCUAUUGCGUCAAGAGCCGUCGUUGCAAAAUUAGUACAGGAACUCGGAUCGCGCUUCGUCCCUGGCUUCGAGGGCAUGGCUCCGCUGGAUAGACUGUCGAUUCUGAAUAUUAAACGGGGAGAAAUCAUCAAGUAUUGGCAUACGCUCUGGCAGAAAUAUGACCUUGAUGCGGUGAUUUGUCCGCCGGCGCCGAAUACGGCUGUUGAGCAUGAUAUGUAUGGGUUGACGCCGUACACGAGUUUUCUGAAUCUUGUGGAUUAUCCAGCAUGUGUGAUCCCAUUCCGGCGAGCGGGGAAAUUCCCGGAUGUCAAAAGGCAAGAGGUGCAGUUUGUGCCUGACUAUAACGGCAGCAGCCUCGAAGGAGCGCCCUGCUCCAUUCAGGUUUUCACUAGGAGGCUGCGCGACGAGGAAUGCCUUGCAAUAUCCAAGGUGGUAGAUGGCUGCCUACACGGUGCUCAAGCACCAUAG